UCACGGGGGAUAAGUAUACACGGAAAUGUGAAUAUCGGGCUUUUUUCCCAGUUGGCGCCAAAAGUAGUCAAGCACGACAAAAGACGGUGGAAGGAUUGGCAGUGGCAAACUUCAUACAACAGCAAACUACUGCAUUGGGUAUUAUUUACCUUUAUUUAUUCGUCUGGAAACUUUAACGCAUCGAAUAACAUUCGAUCGAAGAAGUCAGCAUGACCGCUAAUGAUAUCGUCAACUGGACCCCGGAUUUUUUUUUGGCAAAUGAAGCAAAGUGUCGCCUUGUACUCGGUGAAACUGCUGAUCGGCUGUCGGUGCCAUCCCUUAACUCCCUACCCUUACACUCGUUUAGAGAUAAACAAUUGGCCAGGUUCCGAGGAAUGAUUCAGGACACUUACAAUCCUGAGUACUACCUCGAUCAUUUUCAAAUUCGAAAUGUCGCCACUAACGAAACGACGACCUGCCGUGGCAGGUACAGAGAUAUGCUGGACUCCUUGCCAGGAGAAACUGUUAUCGUUGACUCCAAAGAGAAUAUCAAUGCUGAGCGGCAGACAUGUUUUGUUAUAUCAGUUCCCGGCGUCAACAGCUGGGCAAAGGAACAGCGUACAGUGUGCGAAAUUGCACCUCAAGUCUCAACUAAUACUGCCACCAAGCGUUCACUGGAAUCUGAAGAAAUGGAAUGUGCAGAAAUCAGUAGCAAAAAACACACACAAACAACCCUGAGCCCAGGUGAGGGCGAACCACGCUUGCUGUCCAGGGAACAUGCAAUGAACUUUCCACUUCCCAAUGAUGAUGGAAUAGCCUGCAUUGUGAAGAUAUACGAUGAAACGUCGUUCAAAUUGAACCAGAUCAUCGACAUUGUAGGCUUCAUGUCCUUAGACCCAGCUUUGAGCAUCGCUCACGAUCCAGACAAGUUGAUGGAUGACAUAGAAUUCCAAUCCCACAAUCCACCUGUGUCGUUGAUACCUCGAUUGCAUGCAAUCGACAUCAAGGAUGUGUCCAAGGAGGAGAUUCCACAUGCUAUCCAGGGCAAUUCGACCUUUCCCGCCACCACACGGAGUGACCUGAAGCUAGUGUUGAGUCAGAUUCUAUUCGGAGACACUUUAGCAGCCGAAUAUGUUAUAUGCCACCUAAUAUCUUCCAUCUAUUUGAGACGGGACUUUCUCUCCCUCGGCGCAUUUCCGUUGAACAUAACGAAUUUUCCUCUCGAAAGGUGCAAAACUUUUCCAGAAGAUUUUUAUGGAAUAUUAUCAUUGUUGCUCCCGAAAAGUCACCUCAUUGGCAUGACGUUGGAUGAACUUAACAACCUGAAUCUGCAGCCCAAAAAAGACUACGAUUGUAACAGAUUGACUAGCGGGGUAUUGCAACUCAGCGAUAAUACGCAUCUUGUAUUAGAUGAAACAAAGUUGACCAACGGUCAGGUUUCAGCAAACGGGAGGAAAAAUUAUGAAGCUUUCUCCACUUUGAUUAAUUUCCAGAAGGUCACAUAUGACUUCAAGUAUUACACAAUGGAUUUUCCGACUGACAUACCCGUUCUCAUACUGUCGGAAUCAAAAUCUAUGAUUCCCUGUAAUAGGCAAAUCGUGUUGGAAAAGAAUUCAGACAGUGAGAGUCUCUAUUCAGAAACUCUGGAAGCAGUCAGGCAGUACUUGAGGGAUGAAACCAGAAUAAAUAACAUUCGAAGCUGGUUGAGGGUAUCGAGGCGACGAGAAAUCGAAAUCGAAACCGAGGAUAGCAUAGGAGAUGUAAUCCAAAAUGAUUUCGUUGAAAUGCGUCAGUUGGACAAAAGUACAUCGGCGGAGGAUCUGCAUUCGCUAAUGGUUCUCGCUAGAUUGAUGUCGAUGUCACACGGUAUGGACAAAUUGGCCGUUGAUCACUGGCACGAAGCCGUUAGAAUGGAGAAGGAACGUAAAAGCAGACUGCAGAGACAGCGCGUGCAGAUGUGAAAUGAGUCAUCGGUUUUCCGAAUAUACUCGCGUAUGAAUUACACACAGUUUCCUAAAUA